AUGCAACACAUUGUAGACAAUUGGGCGCAAAACAACACACAAAACGUCUACAACAAAAAACAGCGCUCACAUCACGUGACAGCACACAUACACUGCACAGGCAUUGCAACAGCAAAGCAAAGGUUACGCAAAAACAACACAACAUUUGUUACCAUCACUUGUUUUGGCCACACAUUUACCGACAAAUACCGACUAUCAAUGCUUACAGUGAGUGGUCGCGGGGGUCCGGCGGUGGCCAGCGCUGUGCGGGCCGUCACCCAAGCGGUGGGCGCGCGCUCUAUACAGCCCACGCCCGCCGGGAGUCAGCUGUUGUCGCACUGGGAGGAGAGGGAAGAGAUCACACCACCGAUUAUCCCCUACGAGUAUCAAUGGUUGGCCACACACGUGGACGCGCCGUCGAGGCCGCGGCCCCAGACCUCGUACGCCAUCGGGAAGUCGCUGUUCACCCGUCAACUGACCGCCGGUUCCGGUGUUGGAGUGGGAACACAUGUCCGCUAUUAUCACAACGACAUAAAAGUACCCAACUUUGAGAACUAUAGACACCCGAAGACCAAAGACCCGAACCGCGCGGCUAAAGAGUCGCGAGACGAGCGCCGACUGACACUCGACGCCGUUAAGAUCGGUGUGGGAGUGACCGGAGCUAUAGUCGCCAAACGUAUCGGUCAGACAUUGGUGGCCAAUCUGUCGCCCGCGCAGUCGACGCUCGCUAUGGGUGUCAUUGAUAUUGAUUUGUCAGCCGUUCCCGAAGGCAAGAGUAUUCUCGUCAAGUGGAACGGUAUGUGCUCUCUCUCUCUCUCUCUCUCUCUCUCU